UCUUCAUCUCUUCAUAAACAACAGCGAAAAUGUUAGCGCACAAGACCUCUCCGUUUCCGAUACUCCUCCACAAGUUCCGCCGCAACAUCCCCCGCCGCCCUAGGUUCACUUGCAUUAUUGACCCCGCUAACGUCAUCGCCGCCGCGACCGCCGCCGGUAAGGUCCAUGGUGCCGUCACGUCCGCCAUCACGCAAGUCGCUGUCACCGCCGUCGCUAUUGCCUCCGGUGCUUGUCUCUCUACUAAGGUCGAUUUCUUGUGGCCUAAACUUGAAGAACAACCUGGUUCCUUUAUACUGGAUGGAGUUGACGUAACAGGGUACCCUAUAUUUACUGAUGCAAAGGUGCAAAAGGCUAUUGCAUUUGCUAAAAAAGCUCACAAUGGGCAGUUCCGCAAAACUGGAGAUCCUUAUUUGUCACAUUGUAUCCAUACUGGAAGAAUCCUAGCCAUGCUGGUCCCAUCAAGUGGCAAACGUGCUGUUGACACAGUUGUGGCUGGAAUUCUCCAUGAUGUCGUGGACGAUACAUGUGAAACUUUCUGCAGUGUAGAAGAAGAGUUUGGUGAUGAUGUUGCGAAACUGGUAGCUGGGGUUUCCAGAUUAAGUUACAUAAAUCAGCUACUCCGGAGACAUCGAAGGAUAAAUGUGGAUCAGGGUACCCUUGGUCAUGAAGAGGCCAAUGACUUACGAGUUAUGCUCUUGGGGAUGGUUGAUGAUCCACGUGUGGUGCUCAUCAAGCUUGCCGACCGUCUUCACAACAUGAGAACCAUCUAUGCUCUGCCACCGUCAAAGGCUCUAGCUGUAGCACAGGAGACUCUACUUAUUUGGUGCUCACUUGCUUCCAGAUUGGGUCUGUGGGCACUGAAAGCUGAACUGGAAGAUCUAUGCUUUGCUGUUCUUCAGCCUCAAAUGUUCCGGAAGAUGCGGGCUGAUCUAGCUUCCAUGUGGAGCGCUAGCAAUAGAGUAGGGUGUCCAAGAAGAAUAUCUGCAAAAAGCAGCUCACUAUCCUUGGAUGAUACGAUUUCUUCUCCUGAUGACGAAAGUCUUACAGCAUUUGAUGAGGAUAUUCCAAGCAUGAAGGAUCUUUUGGAAGCAGUGGUUCCUUUUGAUAUCUUAUCAGAUCGGAGGAAACGGACUAAAUUUCUGUAUGAACUUGGGAAAGGUUCAGACAGUCAAACAAAAGCCAAGGUUGUCCAGGACGCUGGAAUUGCUUUAGCUUCCCUGGAAGUUUGUGAGGAAGCUCUUGAGAAGGAGUUACUUAUAUCAACUUCUUACGUUCCAGGAAUGGAGGUUACUUUAUCUAGCCGACUCAAAAGUUUGUAUAGUAUCUUCAGCAAGAUGAGACGAAAAGAUGUUGGCAUCCAUAAAGUAUAUGAUGCACGUGCUUUGAGGGUGGUUGUUGGAGAUAAGAAUGGAACUCUUCAUGGACCUGCAAUUCAGUGCUGCUACAAUCUUCUAGACAUUAUACAUAGGCUCUGGACACCCAUUGAUGGUGAAUUUGAUGAUUACAUUGUUAAUCCGAAGCCUAGUGGUUAUCAGUCUCUGCACACUGCUGUCCAAGGUCCUGACAGUUCACCUUUGGAAGUUCAGAUAAGAACGCAGAAAAUGCAUGAGUAUGCUGAACAUGGGCUUGCUGCACACUGGCUAUAUAAAGAAACUGGAAACAAGUUGCGGUACACAAGCAGCAUGGAUGAGUCUGAUAUAGAAGCUUCUUCUUAUCUAUCAAAAGAAAUGGAGGAUAAUAGUUCUUUAGAUGAUGAUUUGUUUAUGAAAUACAGUUCUCUGAAAGCAGGGCAUCCAGUCGUCAGGGUGGAAGGAAGCCACAUACUUGCUGCUGUUAUAGUUCGAGUAGAUAAGGGUGGAAGAGAAUUGCUUGUUGCUGUGAGCUUUGGACUGGCAGCUUCUGAAGUGGUAGCUGACAGAAGAUCUUCUUUACAGAUAAAAAGUUGGGAAGCUUAUGCAAGGUUAUUCAAAAAGGUGUCGGAUGAGUGGUGGCGUGAACCAGGACAUGGGGAUUGGUGUACUUGCCUAGAGAAGUAUACACUUUGUCGAGAUGGCAUGUACCACAGGCAAGACCAGUUUCAGCGCCUACUGCCAACCUUCAUCCAGGUCACUCAUUUAACAGAACAAGAAGAAUCUGAAUAUUGGGCCGUUGUCUCUGCUGUUUUUGAGGGCAAACCGGUUGAUUCUAUUACAUCUAGGCCAAGCUUAGACUCUGUUGCUUCAACUUCCAUGGAAGCUAGCAUCAAUAACAAGGUCCGCUUAUUGAGGACAAUGCUUCAGUGGGAAGAGCAACUACGAUCUGAUGCGAGUCUGACACAGUCAAACCUCAGUGGAAAUUCUUAUGGUAGUCUGGAUUCUGUCGUUCUGGGGGAAGUGGUGAUUGUAUGCUGGCCCCAUGGUGAGAUAAUGAAAUUGAGAACAGGCAGCACUGCAGCAGACGCAGCUAGGAGAGUAGGGCUUGAAGGGAAGCUAGUUUUGGUUAAUGGUCAAUUGGUUUCACCCAAUACAGAGCUCAAAGAUGGUGAUGUAGUUGAAGUCAGGGUGUAAGGUAAAUAUACUCCACAGUUAAAUCAGUUAGCGACCUAGUGUAGGCAACAGGAUUUCAGAAAGUCAUUGAUCGCGAUUUAAACGAAGUAUGAUAUCCAAUUGUUUCAAGGUAUAUAAUAUAACUGGAUUGAAGCUCGUGAGGCUCCGCUUUCAGAUUAUGCAUGUCAAUGGACAUCCUAUGGAUAUAUCAGUGUAAAUAUGGCUAACUUUGCAGCAGUCAAGGACAAUUUUUAGUAGUAGCUCUAUAUUCAGAUAUCAUGCAAGCAAAUUUCACCAGUCUCUCAAUUCAGGGAUGCGACGCCCCAUUGCGUCGGUAGAGGGACUGUAUACUGAUGCCAUGUCUGGCUUCAGAGGAGGCCACAUCGGUAGAGAGCAAUUUUCCAGUUGCAUGGCGUAUGCUACUUUGUGCUGCACAUUUUAUUGUAUAUGUAGCUGAUAAAUAUCAAUGAAAAAGGAGCCUUGUUUUUGUACAAAAGCAUAUAAAUAUAUACAUAUAUUUGUUUUCAUUAUAGUAGAGUAUGAACUCUACAAUUUGAGUUUGAUUAAACAACUACUCGCUGUCUUAGCUCUAAAUCAAACUUACCCUAAUGCCAUAACCUGUCCACUUCAAAUAUUUCUUCAGUCUUGAAA